GAUCUUCUGGUUCCAACCUGUUUUAUUGAACCUGUACGCCCCGCACACACACACACACAACACAACACACACACACACACACUGCGUGCGUAAAACUCGAGAAAUUACACAACUAAUGUAAAACAAUCCUAACUCUGGUUCCUCUCUGCUUGGUGGCACAUGCAGAAAACAAACACACAAAACAGACAAAUAGAAGAUAUUCACGCGUAAAAACUGAAAAAAUACGCACUUUCUGCAGAGCAACUUGUUCUUUUCAGGACUGUUUUAUUGCACGUGCACGCGCGCGCACACAGAGAAAAUUAGAGAGGGUGUUACAGUUCGGUCCUGGUUUUGUUCCGCGCUGAAAGACGUGUUUUAUUAUUCUUCUCUCCUCAAAGCGACAAUAAUCGACAGAACUCGGCGCGUCCACGCUACUGUAACCGUACCGGGUGUAUCCAAUCACACACAAAGCCGCUUCUGAGGGCCCCUCCGCAGAUUUGCGCCCCUCCGUUCCGCCUGUGCGCGGCCGAUGAUCUGCUCUAAUCAAAGUGGAAAAUUCGGCCUCUGUCGCACAAUGGUGCCUCAAAUGAGCGGCAUUCAGACGCGUCUGUAAUGUUAACAAUAAAACUAGACGGCGUUCGAGUUGAAACGGCAGCGAGCGACUGAUUUACAUGCAGCGCUCCGAGAUGUGGACGGUGAGCCGCGAGCUGAGGCUGAGCUGAGUUUCAGCACCACAGUUUGGUCCAGAGGAAAGAAAAAGUGGAUCAAGGAGACGCAUCUGAGAAAACACACGACUACAAACUUUCCCUUUUCUUUUCUUUUUCAUAACCAGACUCAAAAUGCCCGAAAUGACUGAGUUUGUUUCGAUGUUAUCUGUUGAAAUGAGGGUUUGACGUGUGUGUGCGUCAGCUCGGUACUGAGGGAAAGUCCGGACACCAAACUUCACUUUGGAAAAACUUAAUCUUGAAUUCUAAAGAUCUCAAGUCUGAAACUGAUAAAUAUUAGAGUUUAUUCGUUGAAAGAUCCCUACGUGCCUCCAUUUGAGUGAUUAUCUUGAUGCUUGUUCUUCAAAAUAAUUUAAAAUAUAAACUCAAACUCAAACUGUGUUUUCUUUGGAACAACCACUCAAAGUGCUGCAGCUUCACGCCUCUCCUCUCCGCCGCUUCACCUCUCUGACACUCGUGAUGAUAAAAAGAAAAAAACUCUCCACUGACUGUUUGUUUAGUGCUUCAAGCGGCACGCGUCCGGCGCGCGCAACGCACCGGCACCGGGGCAGGAGCCCAAGGUGAAUCCACGCGACCGGAGGGCGUGGCCUCAGCGCCGACCAGACGUAUUGAAAAGCAGUGGAGUCUGUCCUCGAGGACUCAGAGCAGCUUUGAGGAGCGCGCGAGGCAGAAGCCCAGCGGACCGCCCCACUACACGUGAACGGCACGAGCGGGACGCACCGCCGCGAGACGCUGUGAUUGUUUAUAAGUUUUUACUGGGACCGGAUCUCACAGACAUGAUGGACAUUAACGCCAGCCAGCAGCAGCUGAUGCCGCCCGCCUGCUUCUUCUCCGCGCAGAGCAUCCAGCUGAGCCCGAGCGGCAGCAGCCAGAGCAGCGGGAAGUCGGCGUCCAAGCAGCCGAAGAGGCAGCGCUCCUCCUCCCCGGAGCUGCUGCGCUGCAAGCGGAGGCUCAACUUCGCGGGUUUCGGCUACAGUCUUCCGCAGCAGCAGCCGCACGCCGUGGCGCGGAGGAACGAGAGGGAGAGGAACCGGGUGAAGCUGGUCAACAACGGCUUCGCCACGCUGCGGGAGCACGUCCCCAACGGAGCCGCCAACAAGAAGAUGAGCAAAGUGGAGACGCUGCGCUCCGCGGUGGAGUACAUCCGCGCCCUGCAGCAGCUGCUGGACGAGCACGACGCGGUGAGCGCCGCGUUUCAGUCCGGCGUCCUGUCGCCCACCAUGUCACAAGGAUACUCCGCCGACAUGAACUCCAUGGCAGGUUCACCCGUGUCCUCCUACUCAUCCGACGAGGGCUCCUACGAUCCUCUCAGUCCGGAGGAGCAGGAGCUACUAGACUUCACCAACUGGUUCUGAGCAUCCAUGAGAAACAUGGAUCGACUGAAUUUACUGUUGAAGCGCGCUUGGGAUGGUCCCGGAGGAGGCUGGAUGUCCUCCACACACAAGACGUCUCAGCGUUUUGGUCCCUGCGUCCUCUAACGCCCGGUCCUCCCAGACUGCCUGACAGAGAGACAGAACGGCCUGAAAGUCCUAAAAACCUUGUGGAAAACCAGGCCAGAGAUCAGCGCCAAAGGAUUAAAUGAAGACGGGUGUCCUGACAGCGUGGGAAUCCGAGCUUCUGUGCCCAUAAACAAAAAAAGAAAAAGAAAGAAAAACACCCUAAAGUGAAUCCUUCAGCAGCACAUUAAAAAAAACAAACACAUUAUUUAACACGUCGCUCUUCAACUAUGCUAAAUCCAAUCACAGAAAGAACACCAACCCUUUUGGUAAAAAAAACUCUCAGACGUUUUAAUUCAGAAAAUGCUUCCAAGUCUUGGAUUUAUUCUAUGAAAAUCUAUAUCAAAAACGCUUUUUUAAAAAAUAUAUUAAGAUAUUUUUAUAUGUAAGAGAUUUAUAGAUGUUUUGUACACAUCGUUUUUGUAUAUAUUUUGUUUAUAUAUUGCGAAGUUGCUUCUAUACCUCCUGCCUAUGUAGACGUGUAGUCUAUUCCUCUCUGGCUCUUCUGUUCCAGACGGAGUUUGACACUCCGACCUUUGAUUCUAGCACCGAUGUGUCUUAUUUAAUAGCAGAACCAUGUUGUUUGCAUCAUGUCAUGAAGUUCACAAUGAUCAAAACUUAUGCAGCUAUUGUCCAAACAGAGCGCAAUGGCCAUGCAUUGUCUCUUUAUACUGCCAGCUCUAUAUUGUCUUCACAUAAACAGAAAAAAAAGAAGAAGUCUUAUAACCAUAUUUUCUACACUCUAGUCCAAGAAUAAAAUCAUUUGCUACUGA